UUACCUGGUCUUUGUCUUCAUUUUCCAAUAGGAGACCAGGAUGGACAGUUCACCAACUGGCUCCGUGAAGACACCCCUGGGACUUGUGCUGCCCCUCGCUGUGUGGCCAUGACUGUCCACACUUCAGAGAGUGGACGUGACAGCAGCGACAACUUCCGGUGGGUCGAUGGCUCCUGUGCGCUGCCUCUGGAUGGAUACGUUUGCCAGUACAACUAUAGAGGAAUGUGUCCACCACUAGAAGACGAGGGUAGAGGUCCAGCUGUUUACACCACCCCAUUUCACCUUGUCAGCAGCCUGCUGACUCAUGUGCCCUAUGGGUCUGUAGCUGCUCUGCCAUGUCCUGCAGACAGUUCGGACCCGGAUGCUCCUACUGAGCAGACCAUACUGUGCAUGGAGAGAGAUGACAAGACAGUGGGCUGGUCCAGGGAUGCCCCACUCUGCUCUUCCAGUGCAGCUCCAAAGAACCAGGACUGGUGUAGCGGGGAUCAUGGAUGUGAGCAUUUCUGCCAAAACACAGAUAUAGACUACUACUGCUACUGCUCUGAGGGCUUUACAAUAGAUGAAGAUGGGUACAGCUGCAUGCCCGACCCUCUUGGCCCAACUGACCCCCCUGAGUUGUCCUCUGACUCUGCCGGUCCCACUGACCAAACCCACAUGAGUAAGGCCUGCUUGGAGAUGGGGUGCGAAUACAACUGUGUGGAGACACAGCGGGGCAUCCGCUGCACGUGCCCCCCCGGUUACCAAAUGGGCCCAGAUGGCCGCAAAUGUUCUGAUGUUGACGAAUGUCGGCAGCAGCCAUGCCCGCAACUCUGUGUCAACAUCCCAGGCACCUUCCACUGCACCUGCCACUCUGGCUACCAGCCAGACGAUGAGGGUGAGUGCGUGGACAUCGAUGAGUGCCUCGAUGAGGGCAGCUGUGAGGGCAAUUGUGAAAACACUGUGGGUUCCUUCACAUGCCUGUGUAACCCUGGGUAUGAAAUGGGCAGUGGAGGAGAGUGUGUAGAUGUAGACGAGUGUGUGGGGGAGUCGCCCUGCCAGCAACAGUGUCUGAAUUAUAUGGGAGGGUACCAGUGUUACUGUGAUAAUGGCUAUGACCUGCAGUCAGAUGGACUUACUUGCCUGCCUUCACCAGAUGAUGAAGAAUAUUCCACUCUGACCCCUGACCCAAGCGACUCGGCUCACAUGCCAGAUGUGGACCCUGACCGUGACAUUCCAUGGUCCACCUCGUUCACCCCGGACCCAAACUUUGAAGCUGACACUAACUUUGACGUUUCGUGGCUUACGGAAGCCCCUGAAGAACUCUCUCCUGACCUGGCUCAUGGGGGAGACAAUCACUUGAACCAAUGGGAUGCCCUGUCACCAAAGCAAUAUCAGACGGCCCCAUCCCCCACACAAAAAUACAACACGGGCAAUGAAAUUGAUAAUGAGGCUAAGACAGGAGGUAGAGGGGCUGAUGGCGGGGUGGGAAGUGAGACUGAAAAUGGGUCAGCCACUGGGAAUGGGGACAAAUCUAAGAUGGACAGUACAGAGGAUGUCGGCGGCACGGCAGAGGUGGGAGAUGAAUCUGCUGCAGGUAAACAGAAACAUGACAAGAGCUGGCUGCUGGUUGCCCUGCUGGUGCCUCUGUGUGUGUUCCUUGUAGUGAUGCUGGCUUUGGGGAUUGUCUACUGCACCAGCUGUGCAGUGGACAAGAGUCUGAGCUUCUCAAACUGCUAUCGCUGGGUACUCCCUACUCCGCCUCCUGACAGGAGGAACGGCAAAACCCAAGCAUGAACCCUAAAAUAAACAAAUGAAGAAGCACAUACACACACACACAGAUGUGCUGAAUGCCCAGAUGUCUGUUUACAUUUCUCUUAUGGUACAGGACUGGUCAUCAAAGCUACCAUUCGGACAUAGUACAGCUGACCGGCUUCCCCCUCAUCAAGGAAAACUUUAUACUUUCUGCUGCACACACUUUGUAAAUAAUUCACUCUUUCAUCAUGUUCUUAAAAUUCAAUAAAACCAUGAAACUGG